AUUGAUGCAGGAUGUGAAAGCUUGGCUCUGAAACAAUGACGUCUUUAAAGCGACCAGCGCACGACACUUCCCCCAAAUACGGAGGAAUUCCCAGCAAAAUGCCCACACUGGUGAGACAGCGUUCUCCUGUGGCGGCCAAGUCGUUUUUAAGUCCGCCAAGCGUCGAUCCAGAACCGUACUACCUCGUGAAAGACAGCCCAGGUUGGUCGUAUGUUCCAACAGAGGUCACUGGUGAGACCAAUCUGAUAAGUCACUAUGGUCUUGAGCACAGCUAUCAGAGAUUCUCAAGUAAGAAAGUUAAGGAGCAACUCAGUGCAUUUCUACCUCAUUUACCAGGAAUGAUCGACACCGUGGGCGUACAGGAUAACAGCAGUCUACGAAUGCUAAUCGAUAAGCCACCGGUCGGUGGGAAAGAGAUCCUUCCACUGUCUGGGCCAUCUUUGGCGGGAUUCAAACUACACCCUGGAUCGAUACCUGAGCAGUUUAAGCUGCUACAUCACCAACCAGUCAAGAAACACAAACACAAGAAGCACAAGAAAGAUCACAGGCCACCAGAUGCCACUGAGAUAUCUAUAACAGGAGGGGAUCAAGGGACUGAAGGAAGUCACGACAAGAAACACAAAAAGCAGAAGAAGCACGAAGAUGGAGAACGCAAGAAACGCAAGAAGGAGAAGAAGAAGAAAAAGCAGCGCCAGAGUCCAACUCACCCAAGUGGUACUUCACACAAUGGCAGCGGACCUGGCAGGCCAUGAACAGUUACUUAAGUAUUUACUUUUGAACUUUAAUACUAAGAGGAUAUAGGGUUUGUAUAUUGUUAAUACAUGUAAACAAAGUAUCAGUGGUUUGUUUCUCAAAGCUUUACUUUUAAGCUUGUUUCAGUCACAAGAUAUCUGAGAAGUUUUAUCUAACCUCCUGCCAUCAUUUGAAAAAAAAUUGUGAAUGUCAAUUGGCUUGUUAUUUAUUUAUUUCAGCAUUUGAUUGCAGACAAUAUUGUACUAUUGUCUGAAUGAAAUGAGCUGAAGUUUGUAUUAACUGGUUUAUGUAGCUGAAGAUGAUCUAAGAAGGUUUAGUGUGGAGCCAUGCAGUGUGAAUAUUUAUUUCACAAGGUGUUUUAAGCAGGCCUGUGAUUUGUCAAGAUUUUUGCAGAUUUCAGGAUAAAUUUUCCUCCAAGGAUUUUCCUCUGCAUUGGAAAUCAUGAACAGUAAAUGAAGGGAAGGAAGAUGUGAAUGUGAUAAUUAUCUUUCAAUUCUCUAGUAUACAUAAAAACUAAUGAGUAAGAUCAUUUCUGAGUGCUUCUUGAACUCAUUAUGAUUCUGGUCUUAUCAAAUAAACUACGGUCCAGUAAAAUAUUUGAGCUACAAUCCCUGCCGUCUUGUGGUUUUUUUGGCAAAAUUUAUAAUGUGUCAAACCUCUUGGUUGUUCAUUUGUGGUGAUAUAGAGAGUCUGUUAUCAUGCCAAAAAUGUGACACCCUCAAAAUUCAGAGGUUUCAUCUCUAAACUAGAGGAAACCAUUUCCAGAUUGAGCAUUUCCUUUUUUGUACAAUCUUAUUCCUGUCUCAAAGCCAGUACACCCCAAGCUCUGCGCUUACGGAAGCAGGGAAUUGCGUGUUAACGUCAGGCGAAUUUCCAGGGUUAGCAGGGAAUUUUUUCUUGUGAAUGCGUACUCCAUGUUACGAGGCAUUCUUCAGUUACACAGCUAGCGCAGAAAUUGCACUGUAUAAGCAGAGAAUGGUGAUCCUAGAGGCAGUAUUCGGCAGUAAGCUGAGCCAUGAAAUUGGGCCCAGAUAUUUUAUUUGGUUGGGUUUACUGAAACCUCCGAAAGAAAGUAUGGAUAGUUUUUCCAAUCUUGGUACAAAACGUGUUCACUCUUUAUAUGCAAUCUUGGAGGCUUUAGCUGUUAUAAAGAUCAAAUAGAGCAAGAGAUUUUGUGUUUAAUGUUUGUCUUUUUGGUUAUGUGUACACUAAGCAUUUUACUCAAAGACUACAAACGAUGAAGUGGGCUCGGAAAAGUGAGCUUUCAUUGGUAUUUUGAACAUAUGCAAGUUUGCUUUACCCCUCAAGUUGUUGUUGGGAUUCGUACAUUGAUUCAUGUCUUCUAGUUAAAAGGGACGGAAUAUUUUGGGUUCUGUGUCUGUGUGUUUUCUUGUCAGCUUUUUUAAUAUUAUAAGGUACAUGGUUGUAUGAGAUUGGUGUAGCGUGUUUGAAAGAUAAUUAAUUCGGAGAUCGAGAGGUUUUACAAUGGGCAUGUGGUUAAUCAGGAUUUAUCCUGAUUUUAGGAUUUUCUGGGCGUGUGAAAGGUGUUUUGUUUUUAAGGGAGAUUCGGGUUACUUGCUAAUUGUUUUACAGGAAGUUUGUUUCACCAAACUGUUAAUAUUUGGGAAAAGUAUGUCUUUGGGGCAGUACAUUCGUACAAAGCUUUAUAAAUCCACAUUUUCAAGAUGGAUUAUGUGUCUUUUUUAACAAGAUCGGAUAGUCAAAUAUGCAGGCUUGGCGGAUUGAUCGAUGUACAAAAUAGUGAAAAUAUGAAUCUUAUUGUUGUUUUUGCAUGUUUUUUGUAAUAAGCUGUGCAACAUUAUUCUUUCUUGAUGAAUUCUUGAAUCAAAAGGCAUAUGACCUUGAAUGAUUUGUUUUAUUAAUAUUUCUUAGAGCUGGUUCUGUGCAUGACACUUUCUAUUAACUCUAACCCCUAAGUUUCAUUGGCUGGAGACAUUCCUCUGUCCUCAUAAAGACUCCAGUCUACAUGUAUGCUAGCUCAUUAACUAAAGGUUUGAUCCGAGGUCAGAUUUGGACACAUAUCCCCCUAAAAGGCAAUUGCUACGUUCACCUGCAGUGUGACAAUGUCCUGCAUCUAGACUUUUGGAGGAAAACUGCAACUCCUGCAUUCUGGUUUUGAACUGUCCUAAAUUAGUCAGUCAUAAAGAGUGAAGCGUUUUAACAACAUUUAUCGGUGCAAAUACAGUGGUUUGGGUAUUUACAACCAAACUCAUCCAAAAUUCAUAAUUUAGAUGGUCCCUUUACUGAAACAAUAAGGCAUGGUUUUCCUCCUUCUAUCCAAUUUCCAAGAUUUUUUGCCCACACAGAAAAGUCAACAAAAUAGCCUGAAUAGCUUUUAAAAGUCUGUAGAAUAGCCCUUGUACUCAAAAGAAAUGCCUACUUUUUCCAAGGGCCAAAUAUCAUCCCCGAACUUUGUAUUUUUUUGUUUUAAAGGAACACGUUGCCUAGGAUCAGUCGAG